CACUUGCCGUUGCCAGUCUUUGCUUAACUGUUGUUGCUAUUAGACGUGAGCCGUGUUAAAAACACUUUUCCUUUUUUCCUAAAACGAUUCCGCGAGUUCUUUUUUUGAAACAAAACUAUAAUAUAAUAAUUUUUGUUAAACAAACUUUAAUGAGUGCUGUAUCUAGUGAAUAUUGCAGUGUUUUAGUGAGUUUUAAGAAGCUUUAGAAAUAGUGGAAUGGUUUUAUAUGGACUAUUACGACGGGAGCUUAAUAGUGUAAAUCGUUGUCACUAAUGUGCGCGGGUGCACGGAUGCGGCGAGGAUGCGCGAGGAGGAGCUGGAGGUGGCGCUCAAGGUGGUGAUCGUGGGCGACGGCGGCGUGGGCAAGUCCAGCAUGAUACAGCGCUACUGCCGCGGCACCUUCACUCGGGACUAUAAGAAGACUAUCGGCGUCGACUUUCUGGAGCGACAGAUUGAGAUCGACGGCGAGGAGGUGCGGCUGAUGCUGUGGGACACGGCGGGCCAGGAGGAGUUCGACGCCAUCACCAAGGCGUACUACCGCGGCGCGCACGCCUGCGUGCUGGCCUUCUCCACCACCGACCGGGACUCCUUCCUCGCGCUACACUCCUGGAAACUCAAAGUGGAAAAUGAAUGCGGAGAGAUUCCUACAAUCAUAGUUCAGAACAAAAUUGACUUAAUGGACCAAUGUGUGGUCGGACCAGACGAAGCCGAGCUGGUGGCGCGCGCGCUGGGCUGCCGGCUGAUGCGCGCGUCGGUGAAGGAGGACGUGAACGUGGGCGCCGUGUUCCGGGCGCUGGCCGCGCGCUGCCUCGCCGACCUGCGGCGCGACCACAGCGCCGACGAGCCGCCGCCCGCCGCCGCGCCCGUCAUAGGCACGUUCACGAACCACAACAGCAACGGCACCAUCCUGCUGCGGCCCACCAAGCACCGCUCCGGCGGGAAGAAGAAGAACGUCCUCAAAAGCGCCUGCCGGAUACUGUGAGAGCCCGUCCGAGUAGUUACACCAUACAACGGCAAUAUUGAAAACAACCGUAUAGAUCACAGAACAGACAAUGAAUAGAAGUAGCAAGGGGGCGUGGCUUGCUUACACUCGGGUGUGCGGAACAUCGCAAGCGUUUCCGCGCAUGUACUAGCAGUCUUGUUUUGUUUUGUGACAAAAGGAAUAAAUAAUAUUCAACUCUAAAUUAAGGAUGACAUAUUUCGUUUUUCACUAAAUAUUAAACUGCUAUUUAGGCCACGCCUCUAUGUACGCUGGUUUCAAUAUAAAGAAUUGGCACUUUAUUAAUCUAGUUACCUCUUAUAUCUGUGGUAUAGAUUGUGACCCUGGACUUAUAUUUAAUCAGUUAGAUAGAGCCCGCUCAGAAUACAGAGCAUAAUAGAAGUCAGCAUUCUUCGUGCUACAUUUCCUAUGUGUUCUAUAAUGUAUAUAGGAACACUGUGCAUAUUGCAGCAGCUUAUACUGCAUUAUCCAACUAAUUGUGUAGCGGUGAAAGGGUAUAAAGGAUGCGCAAAACGCACAUCUCAGAACGCUUUCAAUCUACGUAGGCCCUUAACUUUGCUGCCUAUGAUGUAGAGAUUUUAUAAUAUUCAAAGUAGGUAUACAAAAUACGCCCCUUGGCAGUGGUGGUGAUCGAUAAUAAAGGACAUAUCCAAUCAAUCUAAUAGCUCCUCUUCACUACUAGACAUAAUGGACAAAUACAAGCCACCACGAAGUCACUUUUAUUUAGAUGGCAUAAUUUUCAGGUUUUUUGGUCAAACACCAAAGAAUGUUCUGCCACAUUGGACAAAUGACAAUAGAAAUAUGUAGAAUGCUCACGAUUGUAGAAAGCCGUGGAACUAUGGUAGGAACCAUAUGCUUAGAAGUACUCCGCGCCAAGAAACAAGUCCCGUAGACGCGGCGCCUAUGUCUUAAUGGCGCUCAUUGUCAUUUGGUAAUGGCGGUCUUAUUGUCCUUUGUGUAAGGCGCUGUCAAUUUUAAUUCAGGUUUUAACCGCGGGACUUCUUUCGUGGCGCGGAGUCUAGAAUAUAGACGAGCCAUACAGUAGGAACCUGGAAAAUAAGCCUGUGAAAUAAGUAAAUGAAUGCAACAAUCGCGUUAGCAUGCGAUAGUCGCGAAUAAACGCGAAGAAUCGUUAUAAAAAUCAAAUGCAAGUACUUAAGAGAUUUUUAUGCAUGUAAAUACCAGUAAUAAGGUUAAUAAUUUAGUACUUGUGGCACAAACUAACCUACUUUUUUACCAUUGUAAUUAGUUGCUAUGUAAAUAUUAAAUACUAUGCAUUAUUGAUUAAAUUUUGUACCUAUUUGUU